GCACAGCAGUGGCUAUACGACAGGGCUCGUGGCCAACAUAGUAUGUCUGCGUUUAUUAAAAAUAACAAAGAUAUCGAGGAGGAGGAAGAGGAGAUGGGUGAAAAUAAUGUUCCAUACGGAAAGGAUCGUCGAGACUCUGAUAAUUUUCAACUGCCAGUAUUGAAUGAUGUUGACCAAGCAAAGCUUACAUCCUGCAUUGAUGAAGUUCGUAAUGUUGUGGGAGAUCAGAUAUCUGAGCGAAGAAUAGUAGAGACUUCCAUAAACUUUGGCUAUGAUAUAACGAAAAUACUUGAUGAUAUACUAAAUAACGAAUGUGACAAUAAAGCCAAGCGGCAUAAACCAAUAAACGAGACGAGUACUUCAAAAUAUGCCGCAUUUCAAGCAUCUACAUCCACUGCUUCAAAACUAAAAACACCUGAUCGCGAAACGGUAUCUUUUGCACAGGCCACACCAAUAAUAAAAGUCACAGCGCAACCGUUAAGUGAGCGCGAUGUACGUCGUGGCUUUGAAAUUAGUUCACCUCAUCCACAAGAAUCCCCAGCUGUGUCUGGAAGAAAUACGCCUGUUGAUGAAGAAGCCAACAAAAGUCUAAUAACGGUUAAGGUAUCCAAAGAACAAGCACAACGCGAUGCACGAAAACUAUACUCACAGGAACGAGGUGAACAAAAAGCGCAUUUUCAUAUGAUUGUUAUCGGACAUGUCGAUGCAGGCAAAAGCACAUUGAUGGGACAUUUAUUGGUUGACACCGGCUACGUCUCGCAACGAGUCAUGCACAAACAUGAGCAAGAAUCUAAGAAAAUGGGCAAACAGAGUUUCAUGUACGCCUGGGUACUGGAUGAAACCGGUGAAGAGCGCUCAAGAGGCAUUACCAUGGAUGUUGGGUAUUCCCGCAUUGAGACAACUACAAAGGUAGUUACACUUCUGGAUGCUCCUGGACACAAAGACUUUAUACCAAACAUGAUUUCGGGUGCUACUCAAGCUGACGUCGCACUUCUGGUAGUGGACGCAUCGCGUGGUGAAUUCGAAGCUGGAUUCGAACAAGGCGGUCAAACACGUGAACAUGCUUUACUUGUACGCUCAUUAGGCGUUAACCAAUUGGGAGUUGUCAUUAACAAGCUGGAUAUGGUCGAUUGGUCUAAAGAGCGAUUUGAUGAAAUUGUAGGUAAACUAAAAACUUUUCUCAGGCAAGCUGGUUUUAAAGAGUCUGACGUUAGUUUUAUACCAUGCUCUGGUCUAAGCGGCGAAAAUUUGUCAAAGCCGGCAACGGAGCCCGCUUUAAAAGCCUGGUACAAAGGACCACAUUUACUAAGCGUUAUAGAUAAUUUUAAAUUGCCAGAGAGAUCAAUUGAUCGUCCAUUUCGUAUGUCUGUGUCAGAUAUUUAUAAAGGCACUGGUUCUGGCUUUUGUAUAUCAGGCCGCAUCGAGACUGGUGUGCUUAGUGUUAACGAUCGCGUGCUGGUAGGUGCAAGUCGCGAACAGGCCCAAGUCAAAGCAAUACAAAUCGACGAAAUGUCGCAAACAAAUGCUUUUGCAGGUGAUCAAGUGUCAGUGACACUGUCCGGCGUAGAUAUGUCCACCGUGUC